CUCCCGCCGUCCGCCGUCACGUGCCGGCCCGCCCCGGCCGCGUUGAUGGGUGGGGGAGACUCUGCCAGGCGCCGGGGCAGGAAGGGAGGAGGUCGUCGUGCCAUUCUUAAAGGGGCCCCAGGGAAGGUGAGAGGCUGCUGACGGCCGGAAGGAAAAUGAGUGAGUCUUUGGUGGUUUGUGAUGUUGCUGAAGAUUUAGUGGAAAAGCUGAGAAAGUUUCGUUUUCGCAAAGAAACGAACAAUGCUGCCAUCAUAAUGAAGAUUGAUAAGGAUAAACGCCUGGUGGUACUGGAUGAAGAGCUUGAGGGCAUUUCACCGGAUGAACUUAAAGAUGAACUGCCUGAACGACAACCUCGAACCUUCAUUGUGUAUAGUUAUAAAUACCAACAUGAUGAUGGAAGAGUUUCAUAUCCUCUGUGCUUUAUUUUCUCCAGUCCUGUUGGAUGUAAGCCUGAACAACAGAUGAUGUAUGCUGGGAGUAAGAAUAAGUUAGUCCAAACAGCUGAACUAACCAAGCUCCCUCCAUCGGGGCACCUGGGUGGUGCAGUUGGUUAAACGUCCGACUCUUGGUCUCAGCCCAGAUCACGAUCUUGCAGUUGGCCCUGAGUCGAGCUCUCUGCUGACAGCUCAGAACCUGGAGCCUGCUUCGAAUUCUGUGUCUCCCUCUCUUCUCUGCCCCUUCCCUGCACAUUCUCUUUGUCUCUCUCUGUCUCUCUCUCUCUCAAAAAUAAAUAAACAUUAAAGAAAGUGUUCAGUUCUUACAUGGAGUUUGGUCUUUUUCUGGAGCAAUUAUUCUAAUGUACUGAUAAUGUUUGAUGAUUUUUGUAUCUCAAUCAUACUUAAUUACUGCAGGUUUAUAAGAUGUUAUAUAUAUAUAUAUAUAUGUAUAUUUAUUUAUUUGUGUGUAUAUAUAUAUAUAUACACCUUUCUUUGUUUUCAAAUAUUUAUUUGGUAUUUUCAUGUAUUCUUUAAGUAACCUUUAAAAUAAUUUAGUUCCAAAUCUCCUUGGGAUGUUGAUUACAAUCGUGGUAAUAUAAAUUAAUUUGGGAAAAAAUGACAUCUUUUAAAACUUCAGUUAAGGAAAAUCUUUUAGCUAUGUCUUUUAUAUUUCUCAGUGAGGUGGUAUAGUCUUUCUCAUAUUGGUAGCACACAUUCCUUGUUGAAAUUUCCGGGUAUUCAGUUUAAUCCAUCUCUGGUCGUGAGAUUAAUUGUGAGGUUACUCAUGGUAGUGAAGAGCUUGACCUAGGGAUGGCUGUACAACUGAGCUUCACUGAAAUUGGAAUAUGGCCUGGGGAAAUGGAAGCACCUAGCUUCAGCUACACAGACCAAGUUUUCUGGUUUUCACUUCAAAUGCAGAAGUUUGUUGAUCUUCUGCCAUUAGGGUAAUAAAGUACCUCCCUUUCUAGUCCCAUUGGUCCUGGGGUUGAACCACCUGGCCAUUGACUCUGCUAAUCUCUUCUCCAUUUCACAGCUUUGGCUUGCUCAAAACCAAUCUGAAUUUCCUAUACCCAUGGCCCAUGUUUGCCCCUUCCUGCCUCAUAGCCACUCUCACAUUACAAAUUCAGAUUAAGUUCCCUUUACAACCCAUUAGGCCUGGGGGUGGUAGUGGCUCCUGGCCACCGCAAGCCCCAGUGUCCUGCCCCUUACCUCGUUAGUUUCCUUCAGCCCUGCCCACACUAGUCCAAACAGCCCAGGACAUUGUAGGGUGGGAUGCGGCAGGGCUGGCAUGUGCUUCCGAAGGUGAGACUCCAUGUAAUGUUGGAGGUCAUAAGUGGAACUUCAUUACUGUUCUACUAGCCUGCGACCUUCUGUGAGAAACAGAAUGGAGCUACUCCAAUAGAGCUGGCGGGAAAUAGGUUUUUUAAAAAUUAUGAAAUUUUGGGGCGCUUGGGUGGCUCAGUCGGUUAAGCAACCGACUUCAGCUCAGGUCAUGAUCUCACUACUCGUGAGUUUGAGCCUGGCAUUGGGUUCUGUGUUGACAGCUCAGAGCCUGGAGCCUGCUUCAUAUUGUUUCCCUCUCUCUCUCUGCCUCUCUGCCGCUUGUGCUUUCUCUCUCUCUCUCUCUCUCUCUCUCUCUCUCUCUUUCUCAGAUAUGAAUAAAACAUUAAAAAAUUAAAAAAUUUGAACUUUUGGGGCCCCUGGGUGGUUCAGUCAGUUGAGUGUCAGACUCCAGCUCAGGUCAUGAUUUCACAGUUUGUGAGUUUGAGCCCCACAUCAGAUCCUCUUUCCUUUUCUCUCUUUGCCCCUCCCCCACUUGCUCUCUCAAAAAUAAACAUUAAAAUAAUUAUGAACUUUUUACUUAAAAAAAUUAUAAAAUGCAAAAAUGCAUAAAGAUUUUUAAAGUGUACAAUUAAAAGAUUAACCAUGAAAGAGUAUAAAAUUCAAAGAUUAACAAAUGAAAAAAACAUACCCCGGCACUCAUUAUCUGGCUCAGUUACCACAUGUAGAAGAAGCCUUUGGGACUGGCGCUCAGUGCUAGCUGAAUAGCACCUCCAGGCACCAAGGUUUACUAUGUCAUAUCUGCAAAGGGUGGCUCUGCCCCAACCAUGUUUUCCAAGCCAGUGGCAUUCCUAGACUCCCAGCGUCAGGUUCUGUGAUGUUUCACGACGAAUGAGGUUGGCCUAGGAGGUAGUAUUGGUAACAGUAGAAACAAGUACCAACCAAGCAGUGAACAUUUGGACUGUUGACUAUUAUAGAGUUUGAAUACUUUCCCCAUUCUUGUUUAGGAAAAGAAGCAGUGCCUGUGGGAGGGAGAGGUUACUUUAUUUCUGCUUAGACAUGGUUUUGGUCUACUCAUAACUUGUGUUAUUUAUGGUUUUGCCUUACUUUGAGAUCCCACAUACUCCUGGGUUCUGUUUACUGCUUUCCCUUUAGUGGGAAAGUGGCCUUGCCCUCUGCGGCUGAGUGUCACGUUUAAACUCCCAGCAAGACAAAGAAUCUGUGUGGUCUGCUUGGGGAUAUCGUCCUGGUGAGACACAGCAUUGCCCAGGAGGCUGCCUCCUCAGUACCUAGCCCCUCUACUUCACGGUCCAUUCUUAGAAUAAACUUCCAUAAACCCAUGCAACUUGAGCGAGCACGACUCUGUUCCUUGUAACCCCAGUGAGCCUGAAUAACUCACAGAUCAAAUUGGCAGAAUCUCCAAUAAGGGGGAGGAUGAAGUACAGAGGACGUUCAGAUUAUAGUCUCAGGUAAUCAAACAUGCAAAGCUAUCAUAGAGAAUGUAAGGCACCCCCUGGUGCUCAAAAGGUGGCUCAAUAAUUUCUUGAAAUAAUUGUUGGUGUUUUUCUUUUGUAUUCCCUUUUUCCCCCACACUGUGAAGGUGGCUAGGCCUUUUAGGCUUCUUUGCUUGAGGAUUUUUGCAGGCAGGACAGAAAGAAGAAAUCAUUUGAAGUCAACAGUUCUCCUUGCCUUUUGUGAAAGUUCUAACUGCAUUGAGGAGACAAAGCUGGGUGUCCCAGAGGGGUAGGGUGAUGAAAGAAGGCUUGUGGGGUCUGGGAGGAAAUGAAGAGAUAGUGGUUAGGCCCCUAAAUUGGAAAGGGAUCAGAGGUCUAUGGGUCUUGCAGGCAAUGGACCCCUGUGCCCUGCUCUGUGGGCUCUGGGGAGGUGGUGACAUAGUAAAGACGGUGAUCCUAGGGUGCCUGGAGGGACCAGAGUUUCCAACCUUGACAACCCUUCUUCUUCUCCUUCCCUUCCUCCUCUUCCUCCUCCUCCUCCUCCUCCUUCCCUUUCCCCUUUCCCUUCCUCUUCUUCGUCUUCUUCUUUGUCUUCUUCUUCGUCUUCUUCAUCUUCUUCUUCUUCUUCAUUUUAGAGAGUGGGGCAGAGGGAGAGGGAGAGAGAAUCCCAAGCAGGCUCCACGCUCAGCACGGAGCCUGACAUGGGGCUCUAUCCCACAACUUUGGGAUCAUGACCUGAGUGGAAAUCAAGAGUCAGAUUCUAAAAGGAAGGGGAAAUGGAGUCGGAGUAAAAUGAUUUAAAAACAAUAAAGAACAACAACAACGACAAAAGAACAUGGUACCCUCUCUAUGACCCAGAAACUUCACUCUUAAAUAAUUACCUAAAAGAAAUGAAAAUAUAUAUUCACAAAAAAAGACUUGCAUAAGAAUAUAUAUAUGGCAGAUUUAUCCAUAAUAGCCCCAGACUGGAAAUAACCCAGACAUCCAUCAAUAGGAGAAUGGGAAACAGAUUAUGAUGCAUUCAUGUGAUGGAAUAUUACAGAGCAAUAAAAAGGAAUGAACUAAUACAACAACAACAGCAACAACAUGGGUGAAUCUCUGAGACAUGCUGAAAAAAUCCAGACAUAAGAAUACAUACUGUAUAACUCCAAUGAUCCCAUGGAAAAGAUAAAUCUACUCUGUAAUGACAGCUGGUUCGGUGAUGGCCUUGGGCUGGGGGUUGGGAAGGGGUACAGUGGAUUUUUUGGGGUGUGCUGUAAAUGUUGAACAUACUGAUUAUAGGUGGUUACCUGAGUGUAUCAUUUUGUCUAAGUUCAUUGUGCACUUAAAAUGGGUACAUUUUAUUUUUUGUAAAUCAUACUUUAAUAAAGUUUUAAAAAAUGAAUGAGUUACUAAUGCAUGCAGCAAUGUGGAAGAAUCUCAAAGAGAAAAGCCCCAAAACAUUAUCCUGAGCCAAAAAAAGCAGACACAAAGAAUGCAUAGGAUUCCAUUUAAUAAAAUUCAAGAACAGAUAAAACGAAUCUAUGGUACUGGAAAGCAGAACAGUGUUGCCUGGCGGCAGGUCAUGAGGGAAUUAUGUGGGGUGGUGGCAAGGUUCUGUAUCUUGUUUGGGGGUGGUUAUUACAUGGAUGUAUGCAUGUAUUGAAAGUCCUUAUACACCUAAAAUCUUUGUUUUUCACCAUCUUUAGAUUGUACCUUUGUGUGAUUUUGUGAAAAAAAAAAGACACAUAAGAAAAGAACAAUAACAAUAAAGAACAUACUUUGCACACAUGAAA